AUGGGCAAAGAGUUCUUCAACGGUUGGGAGCUAUGGCAGAAAAUGACUUUCGUUCUCGCCUGCGGCAUUGUUGCGACCAUCCUCAUAGGCCUCGUCAAACUGCAAUACGACCGUUAUCGCAUUGCGAAAUACUCCAAGGUCGAGAAGGGCAAACAGGCCGCGCCGACGCCUGAGAUGUUGGAAGCACAGCGCGAAGAGACCAAAGAUGACGUGCCGUUCGGUAUCCGCGCCAUUGAGAGCGGCAUUGAGGUUGACGGUGUCUGGAUCUCCCGCAGCAACACGCCCGUUGGUAGCAGCCGCUCAUCCAUUACCGACUUCAAGCUCCCGCGUAGCCACAACAGCUCUCAGCUCGAGCUUCCACAAGCACUCCUUUCGAGCAAUUCCAGUUCCAAAGCACCUAGCUCCUUCGAUAUGGCUGUUGGCGCCGAACGUAUACUUACCAACGACUCUCGCUCAACGUCACCCGGUCGCGGACGACCACCCGUUUCCAUGAAUAGAUAUAGCUAUAACAUGUCAAGAACGUUACAGGCACUGGAGGGAGGACCUUCCUCUGGACCCUGUUCUUCGCGUCGCGAACCUAUCAGUGACCAACCUAGCUCGGGAAGCUCCCGCGAGAACUCUGGCAAAUCAAGUCGCCGGACGAGCGACGAGUCUGAGUCUCCCGAACGUCGACCAUACGAACCCGCCUACAUCAACCCUAAACAGCGUUCACACUACAUGCCCGUCGACCCGCGAACCGAUCUGGAUCUGCUUCAAAGCCAUCGCAUGUCCCACGUUGCUGAGACCGGACAGCUCACCCCACGGCCACGAUUUAGACCAGGUAAUAGCGGCGAAUGGGCAAGUGUUGCGGAUAACAUUAAGCACCCUGAAGAAAUUGGAACAGUCAAUGGUGUUGACUAUUUUGUGCCUCAACAGAAAUCUCCUUCUCCUCCUCCAGCUCCUGCUGCAGCUCCCCAAGACGUCUCACCAGCCAUGGAGAGCCCUUCCGCAAGCCAAGCCAAGCAAGCCGUUCCUCUACUUGAGAGCUAUGCACCACGACCAUUCUACCUGCCCGACGUCUACCAACCGAAAGGUCCGCAGCAUCAGUUUUCGUACGAUGAGAUGCCGAUUCAGGUGAAUACUUCUCAAAACGAACAGCGUGACGGCAACGGCCAGGUCCUCCGCAAGGUCAACUCCGGCUUCGAGAUCCUCCGCCCGGGUACGCUACCAAGCCCAGAGGAAGAACAGCCGGCGCCAGCUGCAGAGAAACGCCAGUCGAAACGCCUUCAAAAGAAACGUCGGACUUCCAGCUCCGCUUCAAGAACAUCCCACUUCGUCGAACAAGUCUAG